AUGGCGGAUAAUCUCCCUUCGGAGUUUGACGUGAUCGUAAUAGGGACGGGUUUGCCUGAAUCCAUCACUGCAGCUGCAUGUUCAAGAAGUGGCCAGAGGGUUCUGCAUGUUGAUUCAAGAAGCUACUAUGGAGGAAACUGGGCCAGUUUUAGCUUUUCAGGACUAUUGUCCUGGCUAAAGGAAUACCAGGAAAACAGUGACAUUGUGAAUGAAAAUCCAGCAUGGCAAGAGCACAUUCUUGAAAAUGAAGAAGCUAUUGCUCUUAGCAGGAAGGACAAAACCAUUCAACAUGUGGAAGUAUUUUGUUAUGCCAGUCAGGAUUUGCAUGAAGAUGUUGAAGAAACUGGUGCACUGCAGAAAAAUCAUGCUUCUGUGACAUCUGUGAACCCCACAGAAGGGGAACAUUCUGCCUAUCUGCCUUCGGAAGAUGAGUCGUCGAGCACUGUGAGUUGUCAAAUGCCCACAGAACAAACUCCAAACAGUGAUCUAGAGAGUUCCCUAGAAAUAAAUGAUGUUGAAGCAACAGGGGAAGAAGAAAAGCGUUGUGAUGAUAAAACUUGUGUGAAGUCAGCUUCAGAAGAAGAAACAAGUGAAAAUGUGCUUACAACAGAAGACACCACACUGCAACCAAGGAAAAAUAGGAUUACUUACUCACAAAUUAUUAAAGAAGGCAGGAGAUUUAAUAUCGAUUUAGUAUCAAAGCUGCUGUAUUCUCGAGGAUUACUAAUUGAUCUUUUAAUCAAAUCUAAUGUAAGUCGAUAUGCAGAGUUCAAAAAUAUUACCAGGAUUCUUGCAUUUCGAGAAGGAAGAGUGGAACAGGUUCCUUGUUCUAGAGCAGAUGUCUUUAAUAGCAAACAACUUACUAUGGUAGAAAAGCGAAUGCUAAUGAAGUUUCUUACAUUUUGUAUGGAGUAUGAAAAACAUCCUGAUGAAUAUAAAGCCUAUGAGGAGAUUACAUUUUCUGAGUAUUUAAAAACUCAAAAAUUAACCCCCAACCUCCAGUACUUUCUCCUGCAUUCAAUUGCAAUGACAUCAGAGACAGCCAGCAAUACCAUAGAUGGUCUCAAAGCUACCAAAAACUUUCUUCACUGUCUUGGGCGGUAUGGCAACACUCCAUUUUUAUUUCCUUUAUAUGGUCAAGGAGAACUUCCUCAGUGUUUCUGCAGAUCACUUAAUGAGGUGGAACGUCUCCUCAUAAGGAUGUGUGCUGUGUUUGGUGGAAUCUAUUGUCUUCGCCAUUCAGUCCAGUGCCUUGUUGUGGACAAAGAAUCCAGAAAAUGUAAAGCAGUCAUAGAUCAGUUUGGUCAGAGAAUAAUUUCUAAGCAUUUCCUUGUGGAGGACAGUUACUUUUCUGAGAACACAUGCUCACAUGUACAAUACCGGCAAAUCUCCAGGUCAGUCCUGAUUACAGAUAGAUCUGUACUAAAAGCGGAUUCAGAUCAACAGAUUUCCAUUUUGACAGUGCCAGCAGUGGAGACAGGAACUUUUGCUGUUCGGGUCAUUGAGUUAUGUUCCUCAACAAUGACAUGCAUGAAAGGCACAUGUGAGCACAAAAAUGAAGAAGAUGAGAAACCAAGACUUUUGUGGGCUCUUUACUUCAAUAUGAGAGAUUCUUCAGAUGUCAGCAGGAACUCUUAUAAUGAUUUACCAUCCAACAUUUAUGUCUGCUCUGGCCCAGACUGUGCUUUAGGAAAUGAUAAUGCGGUCAAACAGGCUGAAACACUUUUCCAGCAAAUCUGCCCCAACGAAGACUUCUGUCCACCCCCACCAAAUCCUGAAGACAUUGUCAUUGAUGGGGACAGUUUGCAAUCAGAGGCUUCGGAAUCUAGUUUCAUACCAGAAGCGAACUCAGAGACUCCCAAGGAAAGCAGAAGUCUGGGAAACCCAGAGCUGUCCUCUCAAUAA